AUCGACGCAUUAGAAACUUUAAGAAAGUUAGAAAGCUUUCACUUUGUAAAGAAUGCUUUAAAAGAAUCAUUUGACGUUCGUAACAUUGGUUGUGGACGUUGGUGUUUUCGCAGAUCGUGAAAUCAGUUCAUCAGUUGACUACCGUAGUCAAAUACUGUUUUGAAUUAUAUGAAAACAAUUUUAAAACUGUUUAAAACUCAAUGGUGCUUCUAAUAAAGACACGGUUAACAUUAAAGAUUAUAUUGUAAUAUUUCAAAGAAAACAGUAUAUACAUACAAUUUACUGUUCGUAUAACAGUCACUCAUAUCCUCGUAAAAGUAAUUAUAAUAAAUUCACAGUAACGAUCAUUGUAAUGAGAUAAAGGAAAGCAUUUCAUUGUAAGUUUAUUCAACUUAUUUGUUAUAUCAGGACAAUGAUUGAAACCGCUUGUGAUCCUACAAUUGAAAGGCAUUUUAAAGGUCACGAUAAUGUUAUCACAAGUUUAUGCUUUCAUCCUGAGACUACUCAGCUUAUAUCAAGUAGUUUGGAUAAGACUAUAAUAUUAUGGAAUCUUAAGGAGUCUGUAAGGGCUUAUAGAUUUCUAGGACAUAAAGAUGCUAUUAAUGAUGUUACCUAUGCACCAUCAGGGGAAGUUAUAGCUAGUGUUUCUAGAGAUAGAUCUGUCAGAAUUUGGGUCCCUAAAGUAACAGGUCAAUGUCUAGAAUUCAAAGCACAUUCAGGGGCUAUUAGAUCGAUAGAUUUUAGUCCAGAUGGAGAAAAGGUACUUACUGCAUCAGACGAUAAAAGCAUUAAAUUAUGGAUGGUAUGUGAAAGAAAAUUUUUAAUGUCUUUUAUAAGCCAUACAAGUUGGGUGAGGUGUGCUAGAUUUUCUUUGGAUGGUAGGUUUAUAGUCUCUUGUAGCGAUGACAAAACAAUAAAAUUGUGGGAUGUUAAUAGUGGACAAUGUGUCAGAACUUUUAAUGAUGUAAAAGCUUAUAACACAUAUGUGGAAUUUCACCCAAGCGGCUCUGUUAUCGGAUCUGCAAAUAUGGCUGGUAGUAUAAAAUUAUACGACCUACGUUCUUCUUCUUUGUAUCAACAUUAUGCAACUCAUAAAGGUCCUGUUAACAUGGUAAAAUUUCAUCCUAAAGGAAAUUUUAUGUUAACUGCAUCUACUGAUUCUACAAUGAAGGUUUUAGAUUUAUUAGAGGGUCGUCCAAUUUAUACGCUUAAGGGACACGCAAAUGGUACAAGUGUAACGUCGAUAACAUUCUCUUCCAAUGGAGAGUUUUUUGCUUCUGGCGGAGCAGAUCGUCAAUUAUUAAUGUGGAAAACUAAUUUUGAUAAAGAUGAUAUCGCUCGCAAAAUUCCCAGACAAUUAGUUUUAUCCACUAAAAAAGCUACAUCUACCAUUAAAGAUGAAGAAUUACAUAAAAUUGGUGAUACAUUCCUAGAAGAGGACGAAGAGGACGAAGAGGACUUGAUACAUACAAAACUUGAUAAUAUAAAUUUACAAAACAAUAGAAGUCAUUGCAAAGUACCUGAGCUUACAGGUUUGAAAGAUAGUAUAGAACAGAAAAUAAUUAAUGUAAAAAUUCAGAGGCCUAGCGAGAAAAGUUGUGCUACGAAUAUAUCGUAUUUAUCCAAAGACUCGCCCGAUCAACAAUUUUCUGUGCAUUCAAGUAAUGUAGUGGAUGCGCUUAACGAACAAGUACAAUCAUUACGCGAUGUUGUCACAGUUUUAGAACAGCGCUUAACAGUAUUAGAAGAAGAAUUGAGGAAAUAAGUAAAAUACAUUUUACUUAUAAAAUUGAAUGAUUAUUUUAUUUUUGUAAUUAUGAAAUAUUUUAAGAUGUGACGGAGAGAAAACAAGUUCUUUAAUAUUUAAGUCAUAAAAUUUGUAUACACAAAGCAGUAUUUAUUUCAAUGAUCUUGUUUAAUUAGAUCUA